CCUUUCUUCCCUUUCUCUUGAGGUCCCUCACUUGACCUUGGACUUAAAUUAAUGUCCAGGAAGGAGUAUGCUCUCGGAUUUACCCAGCAGUGUCUGAUUCCAGUCCUCGUCAGAGGGCACUGCAGUCCCAGACGCAUCAGGAGGGCGGAGCAGUGCUGGGUAGGACCAGGCCGAUUGCCCAUCAGUCUUGCCUAUCCUUGACAGUAGGAUUGUUAAGCAACCAUUGACUUUCUAUUUGCCUUGGGGAUGAAAUGAAUCUAUUAUCCGCAAAUAAGGAGUAUGAUCUCAGAUGAAUGUGGAAACAGAGCCAAGCUCCUUUGCCUUGUGGGUAGCCAUAAAAUCAAGACAAUUUCCCCCAGGUGGAUGUGGUGAUGCAGCAGCCACUGGCUUCUGUGAGAUUCUGUUUUUCCCCAGUUUCCCUGGUGAGUCUGAGGAGACCAACGGAUGAGCUACGUUGACUUUCUGGAAGGGAAAGCUCUAUACGUCAAUUCCCCAAAACAGGUUUUGACAUUUCCCCUAAAGUGUCAUCCUCAAUGUAUUUACCUCCUGGGCAGUGACUGUGCAGCUGGGAUGGGGACCGAAUAAAGGAACCAGGACUUGGGGCACCAACUCACACUCAGACCCUGAACGGGCUCUUAAAGUUUUCUCUUCACGUGUCUCAGAGGUUUUCCUUAGUAAGUCUUAUGAACGGGCCACAUCGUUUGGAGCCAGAUAAGGCCGUUUAGUUUUUCCCUUGUGGACACUUGGGAGAGACACGUCCCGUAGUGGCUGGACUGGCUUCUUCAGGCUGAGACAGGACAUCAGUAAAUUAUUCUCUUUCUUUUGAAUCCUCAGCUCUUGUGGUCUCCAGGUUCCAGACAGAAGAUGAGAGGCUCUGGUUUUGCGUUCAGCCUCCUCUCUGCUGUGUUCUGUCUGCUCUGGACACCUUCUGCUGGGCUAAAGACACUCCAUCUGGGAAGCUGUGUGAUCACCACGAACCUUCAACAAUUACAAAAAGGAUUUUCUGAGAUACGGGGCAGUGUGCAAGCCAAAGAUGAAAACAUUGACAUCAGAAUCUUAAGGACGACUGACUCUUUGCAAGACACAAAGCCUGCUGAUCGGUGCUGUCUCCUCCGCCAUUUACUGAGACUGUAUCUGGACAGAGUAUUCAAAAACUACCAGACCCCUGACCAUCAUAUCCUCCGGAAGAUCAGCAGUCUUGCCAAUUCCUUCCUUACCAUCAAGAAGGAACUUCGGCUCUGUCAUGAUCACAUGACAUGCCAUUGUGGAGAGGAAGCAAUGAAGAAAUACAGUCAGAUUCUGAGUCACUUCAAAGAGCUUGAUCCCCAGGCAGCAGUAGUGAAGGCUUUGGGGGAACUAGACAUUCUUCUGCGAUGGAUGGAGAUGACAAAAUAG